CUGGACGAGAAGUUGCUGGCGCGCGGCCCGGGCGCCCGGCCUGUGCCGCGCGUUCCUCUGGACGCGCUCUUCGUUACUUCGGUGGUGCCGAGAGGCGCGGGAAUCCGGGGCUUUCUCGUGGAGCGGCACCCCAGGCCCUUCCACCUUUCCGCUUCCCUAAUGCGGCCGGGCUCACGCCUGCUCUCACGUCUGCCUCCCGGGGGCUGGGGUACAGGUGUGCGCCGCUCCCCUAUCUGUGGAGUGAGGAGCUCCGUGCAGGUCUCCCUUGAUCCUGCCGUAAAGAAAGUAGACGUCAUCGUGAAAGAUGAGAGAAUAGAGGAAGCCACCAAAGUCCUUGGUACCGUUAAAUGGUUCAACGUCAGAAAUGGAUAUGGAUUUAUAAAUCGAAAUGACACCAAAGAAGAUGUAUUUGUCCAUCAGACUGCCAUCAAGAAGAAUAACCCCCGGAAAUACCUGCGCAGCGUUGGAGAUGGAGAAACUGUGGAGUUUGAUGUGGUCGAAGGAGAAAAGGGUGCAGAAGCGGCCAAUGUAACUGGGCCUGACGGAGUCCCCGUGGAAGGGAGUCGCUAUGCUGCCGAUCGCCGCCGUUACCGCCGGGGCUACUAUGGCCGGCGCCGGGGACCGCCCCGCACUUAUGCUGGGGAGGAGGAGGAGGCAGGGAGCGGCAGCAGUGAAGGAUUCGAGCCCCCCGCGGCUGACGGGCAGUUCUCGGGGGCCCCGGGCCAACUGUGUCACCCCCAGUUUCACCCUCGGUACCGGCAGCGGCGCUUCCCGCCCUACCACGUGGGACAGAGCUUUGACCGCCGCCCCCGGCUCUUUCCCCAGCCCAGCAGAAUGCAGGCUGGUGAGAUCGGGGAGCUGAAGGACGGAGUGCCCCAGGGAGCUCAGCUUGAGGGCCCGGUGCAUCGGAACCCGACCUCCCGCCCACGGUACCGCAGAGGGCCUCCUCGCCCGAGACCCACAGCACCUAUGGGAGAGGCUGAGGACAAAGAGAACCAACAAGCGGCCAGUGGUCCAAACCAGGCCACUGCUCACCGUGGCUACCGCCGUCCCUACAACUACCGGCGUCGCCCACGCCCUCCGAAUGCUCCUUUGCAAGAUGGCAAAGAGACCAAGGCAGGUGAAGCACCAGCCGAGAACCCGGCUCCGGCCGCCCAGCAGAGCAGUGCUGAGUGACACCAGCUCCCCAGGCCCCUUCACCACCAGCAGGGUGAUCCAAAGAAUAACCAUUCAAAAAUAAAGCAAACCUUACCAACACCAAAGAAACAUCUAAGCAAUAAAGUGGAUGACUCAGUAAGAUUUGGACAUUGGAAUGUUUACCAUUAUUCUUUGAGAAACUAACAACUUCAAGAGGAAGAUGUCUGAAGAUAUUUCUAGCCAGCUGCAAGCCCAGCAAUGCCAGCACAAGACAUAGGAGAGCAUCCCCCCAGUUUCAGCUACCACUAGGUUUAUAUUUUUUCCAGGUUUUUACUGUUUUGGUAAUUGAAAGAAGAAAUAUACUACAUGGGAAAGUUCCCCAACCAAAGAAAUCUGGAAUUGUUAUGUAGUAAAUGCUUUUUUUUUUUUUUUUUUUCCUUUUUCAUUUUGGAUGCUGGUGCUAAACUUCUAAGUGUCAUGAUUAAAAAAAAAAGUUUGCCCUUAUUUAUUUUUAGAAUGGGGGGAGGACAACAUUUUUGCUUUCUUUUG